GAGGUGGCGCGGCCGGGCUCAGCUGCGGGGCGCAGGCGGCUAAGAGGCCUGCGGCGGCUGGGAGCGGCUGGGACGGGAGCGGGCGCUGGAGCCGAGCCGAGCCGGAACGGACGGCGCAGGCCGGCGCGGCGAGCAGCAACCAUGUCGGUGUUUGGAAAGCUGUUUGGGGCGGGAGGGGGUAAGGCUGGCAAGGGCGGCCCGACCCCCCAGGAGGCCAUCCAGCGGCUGCGGGACACGGAGGAGAUGCUAAGUAAGAAACAAGAAUUCCUGGAAAAGAAGAUCGAGCAGGAGCUGACGGCUGCCAAGAAGCACGGCACCAAAAACAAGCGCGCGGCCCUCCAGGCACUGAAGCGCAAGAAGAGGUAUGAGAAGCAGCUGGCGCAGAUUGAUGGCACGCUGUCCACCAUCGAGUUCCAGCGAGAGGCUUUGGAGAACGCCAACACCAACACCGAGGUGCUCAAGAACAUGGGCUAUGCCGCCAAGGCUAUGAAAGCUGCCCACGACAACAUGGACAUCGAUAAAGUUGAUGAGUUAAUGCAGGACAUUGCUGACCAGCAAGAACUUGCAGAGGAGAUUUCAACAGCUAUUUCAAAACCUGUAGGGUUCGGAGAAGAGUUUGAUGAGGAUGAGCUCAUGGCAGAAUUAGAAGAACUAGAACAAGAGGAACUAGAUAAGAAUUUGCUGGAAAUCAGUGGACCUGAAACAGUCCCUCUACCAAAUGUUCCCUCUAUAGCUCUACCAUCAAAACCCACCAAGAAGAAGGAAGAGGAAGACGAAGACAUGAAGGAAUUGGAGACCUGGGCCGGAACCAUUUAAUUAACUGGAACCAGUUAAUUAACUGGGCCAGUGCAAGCUGAGCCCAGACAGACUCUGGCGGCCUGCAGGUGGGCAGGCGUGUGCGUGUGCAGGGAAGGCAGGACGUGGUGCAGGCAGGUUCCAUCGCUCUCGACUCUCCCUCCAAAGCAGUAGGGCCACAUCACUGCUCACUCUGCAUAGCAUGGUCUGCACCCAGCAG